AUGUCAGUGGUGCAGGGUGACACUGGCUAUAGAGUGAGGUACUCUUCUACUCAGAUCUGUGCCUUACAAGGAUCAGAGGUGGACAUAAGCUGCACCUACACAUACCCAUCCAGAGUGACCAGAAUAAUAUCAGUCCAUCAGUCUCAAAUGGAGGCAGAACUGAAGUGUCACAGCAGCUGCAGUCCAGCUGAUCGUCUUUCCUACAUCUGGUUCAAGAACGGACAGAAAAUUUCUAAACAACAAACUUCUACUUACACAGGUUCCUUUAAUCCUAGAGACAAGAUCUCCUGUGCUUUCAGAGGACAUGAAGAUCACCGGUCUCCAACAGUGUACCCUUCAAAGCUUCCCUCUGUGUCAGUGAGUCCAUCUGGUGAGAUAGUGGAGGGAAGUUCAGUGACUCUGACCUGUCGCACUGAUGCUAACCCAGCAGCUGAAAACACUUUGUACAAGGGGAACCAAAGUCUGCCUCUGGGAUCAGGAGGAACUUAUCAUUUCACCUCUAUCAGCUCUGAGGACAGAGGACUCUACGACUGCAAGUCUGAUGAUCAAUCUGUGUCUUUAUUCAUAAAUGUCCUGUGUCCUCCAGAUGCUCCAAAGCUUCCCUCUGUGUCAGUGAGUCCAUCUGGUGAGAUAAUGGAGGGAAGUUCAGUGACUCUGACCUGCAGCAGUGAUGCUAACCCAGCAGCUAAUUACACCUGGUACAAGGAGAAUGAAGACUCACCUAAAGCAUCAGGACAGAUCUUCACCGUCACUGACUUUACAGCUGAACACAACCUCCUUGGCAUCGAUCAUUGA